AUGUACGAGACAUCCAAUAUGAAGAAAUCAGAACGAACUCAUCAAUUUAUUUUAAUGGACUUCGAGUUCACAGCAAUUGACAGUACCACUAUCGUUUUAAUAUCCGGUGCAAUUUCAAAUAGUUCGUAUCAUUUUAAAACCAUUAAAUUGGAGGGAAAACCUCUUUUACUAGCCUUAAAUCAAAAUGUUAGACAAUUGAAUAAUCAAGAAUUAAGGAAAACAAUUUCAGUUAUCAAGCUGUAUUCAAAACAAGAGUUACAAGUUGCAUUAUUGAAACAAUUACAUAACAGCCUUAGCACCAAUACAGACAAUUUAAACGCUGAAUUUAUUAAACGUUAUUUAGCAUAUAACAAUAAAAUAACGAUAAUCGUGUUAUGGAAUGGGUCCACAGAUAUGGAUAUUUUAGAGAGAUUACAAAUUUAUAACUAUAAUUUAUUAAAUAUGACAUGUUUGGACGUAUCAAAUAAUCAACAUUUUUACAUACAAUUAAUUACAAUGAGAGAUAAACGGAUCAUAUACGAGUACAGUUUAGGAACGUAUAAUAAACAAGGACGGAUGUUGAAUCUAGUAGAAACACAUACAAUGAUAUGUUCAAAACAACACAAAGGAUUGUACCCCCACGAUCCUUACUACGACUUAGAAUUAACGAAAUGUAUUUUCAAUAAAAUGGUCAAACAAUUUCAGUAUAAGAAUCUAGUGGAACAUUUUUAA